GGGUUCAAGAAAAUUUUUCAUUCCGAAAAAUCGCCGGCGAAUUUGCUUCUUUCCGGCGUGCGAGUAUAGUCGAGGCGUUCUCGGUUGUUCGACGCGAGCCGGAAACGAAGGGUCCGGGGACCGAGGGAAUUAGGGGAAGUUUUCGAGCGAGAUUCGAAGGUGCGUGGUCGAUCGAGGUAUCGCAGCUCGCGACGGCGAUAUCGCGGCGGUGCCGCUGGAAAUUUUAUCAAUACCGCGGCCGUCUAGUCGCUGACAGUCACUCGUGAAAAGUACGCGGUCAUCCGACGGGGUUGCCAGACCAGCGGAUAGCUCUAGCCGAGGAAAGCAGAAGCGAGCGACGAACAACAUGGCCACCGAGGGCGGUCUAGCACCGGAUGCAGCUGCAGCCGCACCAGGCGCAGGAACCGGUGAAAUCGUCGGGGGUCCGAGGACGCCUCAGCAAACUGCCGCGCAAAAACGAUUGCAGGCGACGCAGGCGCAGGUCGAUGAGGUCGUCGACAUUAUGAAAACAAACGUCGAUAAGGUCCUGGAGCGUGAUCAGAAGCUCUCCGAACUCGACGAUCGAGCAGAUGCGCUUCAACAGGGAGCGUCGCAGUUUGAACAACAGGCGGGAAAACUGAAGAGGAAGUUCUGGCUACAAAAUCUGAAGAUGAUGAUCAUCAUGGGCGUCAUCGCACUAAUCGUCUUGGCCAUUAUCGUCGCGAACUUCGUGUAGACGUGCUGGUUGGUGGAAGAGAUUUGUGUGUGAGUGAGUCUGAAGCGAGAGCCACCGGCGGCAGCGACUCGCAAAACUGAACACGCGAGUCAAACUAAAAAGAAAAGAAAACGAGAAACAGAACGAAAAGCAAAACCGAAACCGAAAAAGCUAAGCAAAACCAACAAAACGCAACCAGGAAACCAAAAAAUUUGAAAAAGCUAAAAAAAAAAAAGAAACACACAAAAGAGCAACAAGUAAACAAGAGUCCACAAGCGAUACGAAGUGAGAACGAACAAAGUGAAGAAGGAAGGAAGACGGGGAGAAAAGGAAACGAGAUAACGAUUGUAAAAAGAAAAGUCCUAAAUAAUUAAUAGACACGGGAAAUUAAAACGGAGAUCGUGCCGGAAAAAGUUUGAUGAAGAUCCAAGGGAACAGCGUGGAUAACCAUAGAUCGUCGACGAAGCAUCCCGAGACGGCGAAUCUUUCGAAGCAACCCGAAGAAGGAUCGUCGAUCAUCUAGGUCCGGGAGAGACGCGAUCGUAGUGAUCGAGAAGGACGAGAGGCAUCGAUCACGGUUCCUAUCGCAGCUCCGUCUGCUGUUCGAGCUAUCCGGCGAUGAUCCAGGCUCGAGCAGAAGCGGAUCUCGAUCGAAUAUUCUCUCGCGAAUGGACGAAGGCUGGCCGGAACGAUCCACGGACGAUACUCGGGGCUCGAUCGUCCAGUGAGAUCCUUGUAGUUCGUCGGUUGUUACAUCGAACGGUAACGAUAGAACGCGGGGGAUCGAGGGAUCGCGUGGGAUCCAGGCGCGCCGGGGGUGGACGAAUACGAACGAUCGAUAAUAAUAGAGAAAUCGUUGCCUUCCUUCGUCCAUGAUUUCGUUGAUCUACGCGGCAACCAAGGAUAAAUUCGAUGGCCAGUGUGUCUGUGUAUAAAAUAAUAAUCGAGAAGAGGGGAAGAUGGAUCCACAAGACGAAGAAACGAUUCUAGAUCCGGGAGCAGAUGAUUUUCGACGAAGGCAGAGCCGGUAUCGUAGGGUGUUUCUCAUUGUACCCCUUUCCCCACCGUAAUCAAGUGCCGAAUAUAUAAAUAAAUGCGUGUAUAAAUGUA